AUGAUGUUCGAUCCAUCUUUGCUCCUUAGUCCCCAUGCCUUUCUGCUGGGCAUUUUAUUUCGCCACCAAGCAUUUCGUGCAUCCCACCUCACCUCUCCUAGGCAACUAGAUGAGCUGGACAUACAUCCCGGCGAGCGGGAGCUACCUUUGCCUAUAAGAAGUGAUCUGAAAGAGGUAUGCAUAUUUCGUCGCGCUGUCAAAACAUUGACGGGGUAUGAAAUGUCAGCAACGAAGACCAUCACAAAUGGCAUGAUGGCGAGCUGGAUUAAGAGAGUGGGUGAAAUCAUGGGACUUCAGUACGAAACAAUACCGUACAGCCUGCGCUACAAUGCAGCAAAUGAGUUUGACAAAGCCGUGAGUUUCCAAAACCAACUUGAAGAACACUCCUAA